ACGCUGGGGUCCCGCUCCAGCUUUUUCAGCGCCCCCUGUCGGCGUCUGGCGGCGUCGCAGCGCGAAAGCGGUGGGAAGCAGAAACACUAUGGCUGCCGCUCUGUCUCUUACUCAGCUUUCCAGUGGAAAUCCCAUCUAUGACAAAUAUUAUCGACAGGUGGAUCCCACAGGGAGCGGGCGGGUGGCGGCGGCAGAUGCGGCUCUUUUCCUAAAGCGGUCAGGCUUGGCUGACUUGGUCCUGGGAAAGAUCUGGGAUUUGGCAGACGCUGAAAGAAAGGGUUCACUGAACAAACAGCAAUUCUUCAUAGCCUUGCGGUUGGUUGCUUGUGCUCAGAAUGGCCUGGAGGUGGCGCUUAAGAGUCUUAAUGCGGCUGUUCCUCCUCCAAAAUUUCAUGAUCCAAGCAGCCCGCUGUUGGCAGGAGGAGUGGCUGCAGACGCGCCCUGGGUUGUCAAGCCAGAGGAGAAGAUGAAGUUUGACACCAUCUUUGAGAGUCUGGGUCCAGUCGGAGGGAUGCUGUCAGGAGACAAGGUUAAACCCGUUCUGCUCAACUCCAACUUGCCUGUGGACAUCCUGGGCAGGGUGUGGGAGCUCAGUGACAUCGACAGAGAUGGCAUGUUGGAUAGAGAUGAAUUUUCUGUGGCCAUGUUUCUGGUUUAUAGAGCUUUAGAGGGCGAGUCCGUUCCCAUGUCCCUACCGCCUCCUUUAGUUCCUCCCUCUAAGAGGAAAAAACCUGCGGCGGCACCCGCCGUGGCACCCGCCGUGGCACCCGCCGUGCCCCUGUUACCCUCACCUCCCUCUGUGAAAGACAGUCGCUCCUCCCACACUGGCUCGAAGACCCUUCCCCACCCUCCCAAACCCGCGCCAGCUCCUGCCCCGACGCCAGCAGCUGUCCCUUGGGUGGUGUCGGCGGCGGAGAAAGCCAAGUAUGAUGAACUGUUCAGCAAGACGGACGGCGACAUGGACGGCUUGGUGUCUGGAGCAGAAGUCAGGGAUAUUUUUCUCAAGACCGGGCUGCCGUCCGCCACGCUUGCACGUAUCUGGGAGCUCUGUGACAUUGGCGACAUGGGAAAGCUGACCCGGGAGCAGUUCGCUUUGGCGCUUUAUCUGAUCAAUCUGAAGCUGACGAAAGGCCUGGACCCGCCGCAGACGCUCACUCUGGAAAUGAUCCCUCCAUCUGACAGACAAAACAGCAAGCUGAACAGUGCAAACCUGGCAGCUGACUUCUCUGCUAUUAAGGAGCUGGACAGCCUCAGCAAUGAGAUCUUUGAACUACAAAAAGAGAAGAGCUCCGUGGAGGAGGACAUCAAGGAGAAGGAGGAGGCGAUCCGUCAGCGCACAGACGAAGUGCAGGACCUUCAAGAUGAAGUGGCGAAAGAGACCCUGGAGCUUCAGAAGCUGCAGUCUCAGCGUCAGAAGGUCCAGGAGGCGUUAGAUGAGCUCGAUCAGCAGAAAACCACCUUGGAGGAGCAGCUCAGCUUCAUUCGACAGCAGACCAGCCAAGAGACCCAACUUAUCUCGUCGUUGCAGUCGGAGCACGAGGAGCAGGAGCAGCGGAUCUGUCAGUACGAGGAGGAGCUGGUCCAGGCGCGAGAGGAGCUGCUGGCUCUGCAGGAGGAGAGCCGGCGGCUGCAGGAGAAGGUCGAAGCUGCUCAGGAGCAACUCACUCCUCUUCAGGAGUCUGUGCGGGACUCCUUCACUCAGGUUUCCCAGGUUCAGCAGAAAGUACAAGACCUUCGUGUGGAGGAGCGGUCGGUGACUGCACAGCUCAGCUGGAAGAGGGCCCUGGAGGACAGCUCACCGGUCAUGGUGAAUGGAUCAGCUGGCUCCACGGCAGAGGCGGACCUCUUCAGCGAGGACUUGCCCAGAGAGCUAAAGGAGAGCGAGCCAGCGGCGGCCGGCAAUCAGCAGAACGAACAUUCAGAUUUAAAGGAGAGAAAAGGAGAGAAGGAGGAGCAGAGCACAAAGGCUCCGGAGGAGGACAAGAGCAAACCCGAUGCUCUGGACGAUCUCUUCUCCGGUCUAGCCUCCACCGAUAUGUACAGCAGUCUGUCGACCAUUUCUAAACAACGAGAUGACCCAGUUGGGCAGGAAAACAACAGCUUGGCACCUGAUGUCUCUUCUGAGGUCUCAGAUGAUGAGGAUGAGGAUGAUGAUGAAGAAUCACUAAAAGAGACGCAACUCAAGGUCGACUCCCCAGAGCCGGAGGUCCAACUGGACCCAGCGGCGUCUACAGAAACCACCCCCUCCCCUCUACCUCCGCAGGUCGGCCCUCGCUCCCUGCCGCCACAGACGAGCCCUCCCUCGCUGCCGGAGAUGGACUUCUUCCAUUCAGACCCUUUCACUGACCAUGAUCCAUUCAAAGAGGAUCCCUUUGGAAAAGCAGAUGUUGCAGAUCCUUUUGGAGGAGAUCCAUUUAAAGGCUCAGACCCUUUUGCUGCAGACUCUUUCUUCCCCGAGCCCUCCAGCACCAGUUUUCCCUCAAAGGACCCCUUUUCAGCUUCAGCUGACCCAUUUGGCACUACCCCUGGGAUCCCAGAGCCAGACCUCUUUGCAGCCAAGGCUAAGGAUGCAGCUGCUGCACCACCACCAGCAGCAGCAGCCCCAGAUCCCUUUGCCCCCAAGACCAUCAAUCCAACCCCAGCAUCCAAGGAUCCUUUCAGCUCCAAGGGGGACAACAUGGUGGAGUCAGACUCCUUUGGAAGCAAAAUGAACAACGCCGGGGAGGUGGAUCCGUUCAGUUCACAAGAUGGCGGCUCUGAUCCAUUCAGCUCUUCUUCCACAAGCUCCGAUCUGGCAGUGCAGGAGUCUGCACCAGCCAAUGAUCCCUUUGCUCCAGGAGGUACUGCAGUGAGCACCACCUCUGAUCCAGAUCCAUUUGCGGCUGUUUUUGGCAGCGAGUCGUUUGGAGGAGGUUUUGCUGAUUUCAGUGCUCUGACAAAGUCAAAUGGUCCUGACCAGUUUGGCAAGAACCUGUUCCAGGAGGACAGCCAGUCGGCCAACUCCGUCGUGCCCCCUGCCCUGCCCCCUAAAACGGGGACGCCGACUAGACCUCCUCCUCCGCCUCCAGGUAAGAGAGCGUCAGUCUCUAGGACGGAGUCCUCCGACUCCUUCCAGCGACGAGGACACUUCCUUCAGACCUCUGGGGACUUCUCCUCCUCUUCCCUCUCCUCCUCCUCCUCCCAGCCUGCCAAGGAUCCUUUAGCCGACCCCUUCGCCCCCUCCUCCCCUCCUCGUCACAACAUGCGGGAAUCUGAUCGGUUUGCCAGCUUUGACAAAUAUCCAACCGAGGAGGACAUGAUAGAGUGGGCAAAGCGCGAGAGCGAGCGAGAGGAAAAGGAGCGGCUAGCAAGGCUCACCCAGCAGGAGCAAGAGGACCUGGAGCUCGCCAUCGCACUAAGCAAGUCUGAACUCUCAUGAGGAGGCUGCACCCCCCCCCCCCCCCCAGCCGGGGCUGGCGCUGCACAGCCGGACCCGGACCCAAGAAGCACCAAAGCAACACGGGGGGGAGGGGGGACAUGCACGGAGCUGAUGCAGCAGCUCCCGCCGACCCCGUGCAGAGACUUCAAACCUGUCCCUGAAACACUCAGCGCCCCUCUCUCCUCCCCCUUCGACUGCUCACUGUUCUCACGUCAUGUGUUCUCCAUCCUGUUGGCCUCCGCUCGUUCGACUAAAGGGAGAAGAUCAAGAGUUGGAGAACCCGGGAUAAAUCUGGACGUUGUUUUGAAUAAUCCGGCUUAUUAGAGCUUCAGAAUGUAACUUAUUUAAACAUGCACUCAAAACUAGACUAAGACGGUCCUUUCUCUGCCGCUAACACUACGUUCUUUGAGCCGGAGGGAUCCGAGUUUCACGUUCUUGUUCUAUAGUUCCCAGAAAUCGCUAACAUCCUGCAACAAACCGCAGUCGGCUGUGAAAAUUUGAGGUUUUUCCUUUUUUUUUUUUUCUUUUUUUUUUGUAACAAAAUGUAGCGUCUGUAAGUCUUUAUUAAGCAGCUCUUUUAAGCUGAGCGACCGCAAAAAAUCUGAUGUGGUAUGUUUCUGGAAGUCAACUUUUCUACACGUAUACCUUAAAGUCCUGUGAAAUGUAAACUGCAUGUUUAAAAAAAAAAAAAAAAAAAAGACAGGUCCUUCAUGUUUGUCCUGUUCUUUUGUUAGAAGGUGACGAAUAAAACUACGUUGUCUGCACCUUGAAUGGCGUUUAAAUUUCAGGGCACACUACAGCGGGGGUUGCUGAAUAGUAAAAGGGGGGGGGGGGGAAAUAUUGUUUUGAUAGAAGUGUAAUCUGUUCUUACCUGAUUACUCAUUUUUACAAAUGGUGGAAACAUUUCAUAAUUAUGGAUUAAUUAGACUAUUUUUUUCUCCUCAAAUCUAGAAACAAUACUGGAAGAUUUGGACGCUAACUCGUUUAAAUUUGACACAUUUACAGCAUCGUUGAGUGUAUGUUUGUGUAUUGAGUCAUCUGGAUUUUAUUAUGCUUGAUUUAAUAAAACUGAAGUCCCAAAGGGAAGCUCUAAAAGUACCUAAAAAAUGUGUGAUCUAAUUAGUAUUUUCUUUGUUAUUAAAAGUAUCACAUUUUCAUUUCCCAUUCGAUCAGCUUUCAAAGCGUUGCUGUUGUCGGUGCUCAUUCUGUUUGUGUUUCGUAUAUUUCCAGGUUGUUUUUCCUGAUAUUUUUUCUCUCAUAUUCCAUCAGUCGUUGCAUCUCAGUGGAUUUCAAAGUCUUAUUAUUUCAAAGUCGGCAGAUCUUUCCCUCCGUCUUGUUUUUUUUUUUUCUGCCUCUGUGAGAGUUUAACUCACCAGCUCCUGCUGUGAUGAUAAAAGCUCACGUUGCACUCCAUCAUGCCUUAUUAUAGCCGUGCUAAAAGCUACCCGAGCUUUUUUUUUGUUUUGUUUUUUUUUUUUCCCCCUCCCACAAGAGGUACUUUUCACAAAUCUCUGAAAGUUGGUUUCUAAUGAGGGAAAUUUCAGCUGGAAAAACUGAAGGUCUUUUAUUUCACUUGUUCUGAUCAAGUACGGCACAACAUUAUGGACAAAUCUUCCAACUUAUAAGUUCUACCAUGUGUCCGUUUAUGUUUAACCCACCUACUAGAUGGAAUUAAAAUACCACUUCCUAGUAAGUGAAGCAUUAUGUUGAAGUUUAUUGUGUGUGUGUGUAUAUACAAGAUUUGCAUGUUUAUUCCCAGAGUCUGUUGUUAUGCCAGUGUUUAUAGUUUCUCUCUAAUUUCUUCUUUUAACCCCCCCCCUUCCCCUCCCCAUUAUUGUCCAUCUUACAGUCCUUUUGUACAGAAAAAAACCCAGAACCACUCAUGCUUGUAGACUUACUCUGAAGGUCUUUUUAAAACUCAAAACUUAUUGUACUUUAUUUUGUAUUUUCUAACUUGUAACAAAGAGCAUUACUGGGAGACUUAACCAGAAAACAAAUUGUAACACAUUUAAAUGAAACUGAAUAAAUAUUAGAAUGUGUA